AGUGUUCACACAGAUCUUUAAAGAGGAGAGAGGACUGUACCAGGACAAGGUGUUCUGCUUCAUCCAUCUGAGUGUUCAGGAGUUUCUGGCUGCUCUUCAUGUCCAUCUGACCUUCAGCAACUCUGAAGUCAAUCUGCUGAAUCUAGAAACACCUCACGUAUUUAAAACCCUCGGAACAAAAUACAAACUACAUUUCUUCUACCACAGUGCUGUGAACAAAGCCUUACAGAGUCCAAAUGGACACCUGGACUUGUUCCUCCGCUUCCUCCUUGGUCUUUCUCUGCAGACCAAUCAGAUUCUCUUACGAGGCCUGCUGACACAGACAGGAAGUAGCUCACAGACCAAUCAGGAAACAGUCCAGUACAUCAAGAUGAAGCUCAGUGAGAAUCUGUCUGCAGAGGAAAGCAUCAAUCUGUUCCACUGUCUGAAUGAACUGAAUGAUUGUUCUCUAGUGGAGGAGAUCCAACAGUCCCUGAGAUCAGGAAGUCUCUCCACAGAUAAACUGUCUCCUGCUCAGUGGUCAGCUCUGGUCUUCAUCUUACUGUCAUCAGAAGAAGAUCUGGAUGUGUUUGACCUGAAGAAAUACUCUGCUUCAGAGGAGGCUUUUCUUAGGCUGCUGCCAGUGGUCAAAGCCUCCAACCAAGCUCUAUUGUCUGGCUCUAAUCUCUCGGAGAGAAGCUGUGAUGCUCUGUGCCCUUAUCUCAUCUCCCAUACCUCUACUGUGAUGGAACUGGACCUAAGUAACAAUGACCUGCACGAUGCAGGAGUAAAACUUCUGUCUGCUGGAUUGAGUCCAGAUUGUCCACUCAAAAAACUGAGGUCAGGAUUCAGCCUUUUUCAUUGAUGUAAAUUUAAAAUCUGUAUUAUAUCAUGGCAUAAACAAAAACCUUAUUGAAUUCUAAAUUGAACUUUUAUUUACAUUUUUGUAUCACCAGCCUCUGAAUUACUGUUUGUUUUUUGUUUUUUCAAUUUAUUCUUGCAUAUUGGUGACUCUGUUUUUAAAAAUGUGAAUUUGGACACUCCAGCAAUCAUAGUUUAUUAUAUUCCUGGGUCAAGAUCAGGUGACACUGAAACAAAUUUGAAACUGCAACAGGGGCCGCAGGUGCACAUUCGCUGUCAA